AUGGCAGAUGAAGAAACUCCAUCAGGUUCGAUAGAGGAUAGAAUAUCACAUAAAAAUUGGAAAUGGAGGGUUCAUGGUUUAGAGGAAUUAACAAAUAAAUUCAAAUUUGCAGAGGAUUCAAGUGGUCCAUUAUAUAAUGAAUGGGGACCUCAAUUUAAAAAGAUAUUGGCAGAUAUUAAUCCAAUAGCCCAAGAGAAGUCACUUGAGACAUUAAAUACUUUUAUAGAUAGAUGUGAUUGUGUAUCAAAAUUUGCAUCAGGUUUUGCACCAGUUUUGGUUGAAAAAGUUUUUGCAAGUAGUAGACCAAGAGCAAAGGAUAAGGCAAUUGAAACAUUAAUGGCUACAAUGGAAGCGGACGCAGGUGAACCAGUAGUGGAGGCUUUAUUGAAAGGUACAACAGCAUCAUCACCAAAGAUUAUUUUAGCAUCGUUAUUGGGUCUUACUACAGCAUUGAAAACAUUUGGUCCAAAGCAAGUACAGGUUAAAUUAAUUUUAAAACAAUUUGCACCAUGGUUUGAAAAUAGAGAUAAAAAUAUUAGAGAUCAAGCUUCAGAGUUGUUUGUUGAAAUUUAUCGUUGGAUUAAUAAGGCAUUGUUACCAUUAAUUAAUGAUACAUUAACACCAAUUCAAUUAAAGGCACUUCAAGAGCAAUUCGAAAAAUUACCAAGUGAACCUGCUGUACCAUUAAAAUAUACAAGAUCCGAAGCUGCAAAGGCAUUAGCAAAUGCUAAAAGUGGAGUACAGCAAAAAGCUGAAGUUGUUGAAGAGAUUGAUCCAUAUUCAUUAAUGUCAGCAGUUAAUAUUUUAUCAAAGCUUGGGGCAGAGUUUUAUGAAGGUUUACAAGCUAAAAAAUGGCAAGAAAGAUCAGAACAAAUGGAUAAAUUAACAGCAUUAUUACAAAGUGCACCCAAAAUUGAACCAGGUGAUUAUACAGAGUUAUCCAAAGCAUUGAAAAAGAUUUUAGCAGAUGCAAAUGUUAUUAUUAUGACCAAAUCAGUUGUUGCAAUUGGUUUGUUAGCAGAGGGUUUAAGAAAUGGCUUUUCAGCAUAUUCAAAACAAUUUAUAGCACCUUUAUUGGAUAGAUUUAGAGAAAAAAAGGCAUCAAUUGUACUAUCUAUUCAUACAACAUUAGAUAGUCUCACAAGUAAAUGUAUAAAUUUUCCAGAUAUUAUAGAUGAGGUUACAGCAUCAACUCAAUCUAAAGUUGCACAGGUCAAACAAGAAACUUUAACUUAUAUUAGCAAUACAAUCACAAACACAAAAAAACCACAGGAUAUUGUUAAACUUUCAAAACAAUUAGCAAAAAUAUUUAUGGAGACUUUAAACGACACUAAUGAAUCUGUCAGAGAUGCUUCAUCAAAAGCAUUUGCUGCAUUGGGAGGUGUCAUUGGUGAAAGAGGUAUGACUCCAUACUUGAACCAAUUGGACCCAAUUAAAGCAAAAAAAGUUAAAGAUAAUAUGCCCGAGGUUAGUUCAGCUCCUGCUCCUAUCGCACCAACUCCCACAGCACCAUCAGUUUCAGAUUUGGAUUUACCAAGUGCCCCUGGUAGUAAAAAGGCAGCUCCUGGUAAAAGAGGAUCAACUACCCCACAAAAAGAGGAUGUUAAGAGUAAAGUUUCAGGAAUUGUUUCACAAGACAUUUUAGAUGGUUUGGGUAAGGCAAAUUGGAAAGAUAGAUUAGUUGCAGUUGAAAAUCUUUUAGAAAAAGUUAAAGGAACCUCACCAGAUGCAUUGACUGGUUUAUCAGAAUCAAUCAUUUCCACUUUAGCAGAUAAGCCAGGCUGGAAAGAAGGAACCUUCCAAGUUUUAUUAAAUGUUUUUUCAAUUAUUAUUCAAUUAACCAAAUUGGAUUCAUCAUUCAACCAAAAAGCUGCAUCUUUAUAUUUAGCAGUCACAAUUGAAAAGCUUUCUGAUGUCAAGUUAAAGGAUAUUUCGACCGAGCUUUUAUUUAGUACUGCAGAGGCAGUUUCACCACAAGUAGUAUACACAGAUAUCUUCUCAUACACCAGUAAUCACAAAAACCCUAAAGUAAUUAACGAUGCAUUAAAUUGGAUUCAACAAGCUCUCGAUGAGUUUGGUAUUCUUUCAUGUGUUUCGGAUCUUAAGGGAAUGGUUACCUAUGCCAAAGGUUGCUUAGAAAAUUCAAAUCCAGACGUUAAAAAGAGCGCAGUCAAGGUUUUAUGUACUAUUAGAGUUAAUGUUGGUUCAGGUUUAUCAGAUUAUUUAAGUGACUUAAAGAAAUUGUUAUUUGAAUCAAUGGAAAAAGAGUUUGCAAAGGUUGCUGAUCAAAAACCACCAACCCCAACUCGUCAAUGGAAAGGUAUGCCACCACCAGAUACUAAAAUUAAUAUCGAAUUACCAAGAACUGAUAUUAGUGCCAAAAUUACACCAACCAUCCUCGCAAACUUAAAUGACAAUAAUUGGAAAACUCGUUCAGAUGCAUUGGACGAAAUCGAAAAGAUCAUUUUGGAAGCCAACAGAAAGAUUCAACCAAAAAUUGGUCAGCUUCCACCAGCCUUAAAGAAUAGAUUACCAGAUACCAAUCAAAAAGUUCAAACUAGCACACUCAAUAUCAUUACAUUACUUUCACAAUCUAUGGGUGCACCAUUUGAAAAGGCUGCUAAACUUUUGAUUCCUCAAAUCCUUUUACUUUUACAGGAUUUAAAAAAACCAAUCAGAGAUGCCACUAUCAGUUGUAUGAAUCAAUUGUUAAAUGAUUUUGGUUUUGAUAUUUUCGUACCAUUUGUUUCCACCCCAAUGAUUUUAGAAUCUUCAAAUUCUAGAAAAGAAUCAUUAUCAUGGACAGCUCAAAAUAUUGCAGGUAAUUUAAGAUCAGCUCCAGUUCAAUCUGAAAUGAAUACUAUUGCCAAAGGUAUUGUUGCAUGUCUUCAAGAUAAAGCUGCAGAUAUACGUUCAUUGGCCGAUAAUUUGCUUUCAAUUGUUUGUACACUCAUUCCUGCAGUUGAGUUUAAGAAAGAAUUAAAACAAGUUAAACCUGCAAACCAACCAACUAUUCAAAAUGUUUUAGAUAAAUAUUAUCAAAAAAAUGGUCAACCAAUUCAACAACAAACACAACAACCACCAGCUCAGCAAUCAAAGUCAUCUUCACAAUCGACAACACCAAAACAACAAUCAACACCUUCAUCACCACAACCACAACGUCAUCAACAACCAAUCCAGCAACCGACCCAACAACCAAUUCAACAACAACAACAAGUUAUUCAAUCAUCAAAUCAAAAUAUUAUUAUUUAUAAUCCAAAUGGUAAAAUUGAAAGACAAGAAACAAAUAAUGAUGUUGUUUGGUACUUUGAAGAGAUUAAUGACGAGGUUAAUGAAAUACUACAGGAUCAAGUUUUACAAUGCUUCACUCAUGAGUUUGCAAAUAUGAUGUUUUCAACAUUACCAUCAAUUUCACAAAAUGUAGCUGACCAGUUGACAUUAGUAGCUGAACAAAAUCCAGAAGUUAUUGUUUCGGUUUUAGAUAUUUUAUUUAGAUGGAUAUCAUUUAAACUUUUUGAUACAAGUGUUAAUAGUUUAAAGAGAAUUUUAAGAGUUUUAGAUUCAGUUUUAAACAAAUUAAUAUCAUUAGAAUAUAGUUUAAAUGACUAUGAAGCAACCUGUAUUAUUCCAAUUCUUAUUGAAAAGACCAGUUGUCCAAAUGCCGAAGUUAAACAGACCAUCAAACAAUUAAUACCACGUUUUGAAGAAAUUUGUCCACCAAAUAUUUUAAUUAAGACAUUACUCGAUAUUAUAACAUCAAAAAAUUGGAGAACUCGUGUUGAAAUGUUUAAUUUAAUGGCAUCAAUUAUUGACAAGCAUGGUGCUUCAGUUUGUGGCGAUCUUAGAGAGGUAGUUCCACUAAUUGCCGAAAGUUUAAAUGACUCCCAAGUUAAACAUGCAUCAAUUCAAUGUCUUUCAAAAAUUUAUUUACAUAUUAAAGAUAGUCUCUUCAAGUGUUAUAAUUUUACUCAAACUGACAGGGCAUUGAUUAUAAAUACUAGUGGUAGUGGUAGUGGAAGUGGUCCAAGCACAAGUUCAAAUCAACCAAGUAGCCAAACAAAAUCCCAACGUCCAUCAUUGACUCAACAACAAACAGCCAGUGAUCCAGUUUCAGCACAAUUAAUAGGAUGUUUAGAGUUAUUAAAGAAUUACCACAUGACAAAAGAAAAUGGUGAACAUAUAGUCGAAGCAUUAAAACAAUUUUCGCUAUUAAUCGAAAAUCAAACAAUUUCAGAAAAGUUUAUGAAGUUCUCCGAAGAGUAUUUCUCUGUUUUAACAAGCAUUCUUUCAGAUAUUUUCCCAAAUUAUAACAAAGAAACCGUAUUCUUAAGAGCUUGUAAAUAUUUAACUCAUACAAUUAUCUCAAUUUAUUCAAAUCUUUCAAUAGCAAAGCAAUGUAAUGUUAAAUGUUUAGAUAUUGUUUUAAAUGCAACUAUAAGGUUAUACAAUCAAACUGAAUCAAAUCAACAAUCUACAGCAGAUUCAGAGUGGUUCUCAAAAGCUUUCAAUCAAAUUUUACUUCGUACUCUUCAAAAUAGUAACAGCACAAUUCUUUUCACAACAUUACUUAGAAUGAUGACACGUUCCAAAAAUGAUGCCACCAUUCCUCAUCCAGAGAAAUAUAAUGACUUUUUAUUACGUUGUCUUUUAAGAGCUACAAAAUCGCUAAAAACAAAUGACUCAACUGUAAAAGAAGAAUUGGAUGUCGGUGUAGUUUUAAGUGAAAUUAAUAGCUUCCUUGAAGCAAAUGCUUCGUUGGACGAUACAACCAAAAAAACCACAAAGACUCUCACAUCAGAAUUAUAUCAAAGUAAAACCCAAAAUGUUAUCAGUUUUUCAAAAAAUAUUUUAGCAAAAGGUCAGCAUCAAAAAUAUCAAUAUUUACUUGGACUCUUAUCAGAUUUAUUAACUCCACAUAAAUUUGAAGAGUUAAUUGGUGUAAUACCAACAGCAAAUAGUGGUGGCAAUAUUAGUAGUAGUAGAGAUAGUUUUAAUAGCAUAAAUAUAACUAGUAACUUGGAUAUAAACUCACCAGUUUUAGCAGCAAAUACAUCCGCAACAACAACUUCAACCACAAAGCCAAGAACCUCUUCAACCUCCACUCCACCAUUAAAUAUUACACCAACAUUUAAGAGUGCAAAUAGCGACGGUGCAACCCAACAACAACAACCAGUAAAGGCCCAAUCAACACUUUCACAAUUAAAAGUUAGUAAGGAACCAAGAAAUUAUUCAGGUAAAAGCGAUCAACAAAAGAAAGAGUUGUUACAAGAAAUCUUCAAAAAGAUUGGUAAUAAAGAUUUAACAUCGGAUGGUAUCUAUGAUCUUUAUUAUUUCCUCAAAGAGUAUCCAGAUUAUGAUAUUACCCCAAAUUUAAAUUCAAGUUCUCAACAAUUCCAAGCUUAUAUUCAUAGAAAUCUUAAAAAAGCCAAAGAUGCAAUUGAAGGUUCAAAUAAUGAAAAUGAAGUUAUAAAUUAUCAUGAAAGAUUAAAGAUAAUUCAAAACACUUUUUACAAUCAACACAAUCAAGCAAAUAAUACUAUAGGUGGUAAUUUAGAUAAUCAUAACCCACAAUUAUCAAAUACAGCAUCAAUGGCCUCAAACACAUUAAAUCGUUUAAGAUCAUUAAAUUCUGAUACUGCAUCUUCAAAUACCUCUCCAUCUUAUAGCUCACCUUCAACAACCUCAUCAAGCGAAGUAAAUACAACCAUUGAUUCAUUAAAACAAAGAUUGGCAAAAUUAACACAAAAAUCAAACGACUAA